AUGUCAGACCAAGAGGCUGAUGAUAAUUUCGAAGAAGAUAAUGAUUUUAUUAAUAAUGAUAAUUCCAAUUCACAAAGAACAACAUUUCAAGAUUUGGGUGUAAAUCAAUGGUUAAUUGAUUCUUUAAAAGCUAUGUCAAUAAAGUAUCCAAGUGAAAUACAAAAACAUUGUAUACCACCUAUACUAUCAGGUAGAAAUUGUAUAGGUGGAGCAAAAACAGGCUCAGGUAAAACUAUAGCUUUUGCACUUCCUAUUUUGCAAAAAUUAUCAGAAGACCCAUAUGCAGAUCAAUUUAAAGUAUUAGGUAAAAGUAUAAAUCUUAAAAGUAGUGUAAUAGUAGGUGGACUUGACAUGAUGAAUCAAGCAAUUGAAUUGUCAAGAAAACCACAUAUAGUGAUUGCCACACCAGGACGUUUAGUAGGUCAUAUAAAUAAUAGUGGUGUAAAAUCAAAUCUUGCUAGAAUUAAAUUUUUG